ACAAGACAGGCCGGCGUGGGUGUUGGUCAGAGGGGGAUUUCACGAAGAAAAUGGAGCCCAGGAUCAGACAAGCAGUGACAGCAAGGCCGCAGCGAUACAGCCCAGCGUUCUUCAGGACUGUGGUUGGAUGGGCGGCUGAGGUUCGGGCUCCAAUGGGCGAGGCCAUUGAUUGGGGGGAGGAGAGGAAUCGAGGGAAGGCAGCGAGCGAGAAAACAGGAGGGAAACCAGAAAGGCCUCGAGACAACGGAGGCUGCAGAGCUGUAGGGGUUAGUUCGUGGGCGUUGGCGGGAGGAAAAUGCGGGAGGAGAGGAGGACGAGCAAUGGUGGUGAUGGUGAUGGUGGUGGUGGUGAUAUGGUGUGGUGAUGAUGAUGAUGAUGAUGAUGGUGGUGGUGGUGGUGGUAGUGGUGGUAGUGGUGGUAGUGGUGGUGGUGGGUGGAGUGAGUGGCGGAGAUCGCAGCAGUCGAACGGCGGGAGAGGAUCGAUCACGGCUGGUGGAGCUGGCGUAACAAAGUAACUUAACAAAGCUUGGAUUUCUUCACUGGAAGGGAGAUCGCCGCUGUUAUUGGAGAAUCUGCUACUAGUGAUCUCGGGCUGGGGAAAAAAAGAAUAAAGGAAAAUAAUUAUUGUAUGUUUCUAGUAACUAUAGGAUGUAGUAGAUAUAUA